UACUUGGGGGCCAAUCACAACACUGCUUGAUGUUUGAGAUGCGCCAUGCAGUCUGACUAAUCUAUUGCAACCGCAACUACGGACCGAUAAGUGCAAUUGAUAAUUAUUCAUAACGAAUUCAAGUUGACUGGCCUCUGUGUCGCUUGACAGCUUCUAGAAACUUUGGAGGGACAUUUUUCUAAAUUGGUGGUGACACAAGACCACGGAACGCUUGCACGGGUUUUUGAGUAUUCUUGACCACUGCAGGCUAAUCAAAAUAUACAUGUAAUUUAUUUUACUGCCACCCUCUCUUAAAAAAAACACGUGACAACUGCAAUCACUGCAUUCCUGCGAGUCCAGGUUUAGGAAUUGUCACACAUUUGCAAGUAUCGGCUACCUUGUUUCAGUCGAUCCUGGGACAAACGCGGUGUGGCUGGAUGUUGCAGGCGGUGAGUCAGUGAGCGCGAGGACCAAGUACCUCUACGAAGUCCCCAACUCCCGACCUAUCUUACCUGAUGCCGUGCAUGAUGAUUGUCCUUGGAAUACUUAUGAAUGUCCUCAGUCAUGGCAGCGUGCUGUCAGGCUCCAUAGACUGUCAGGAGGCUGAGCGAGGCUGUGUACAGGAUCAGGACUGUACGGCAGUGUACAGGGUGCUGGAGUACUGUGCUGCUGAGGAGGCUGUGUCGCCCCUGGGCCCAGACUCCCGGGGGGAGUGUCUGGAGGCCCAGAGCGCCCUGCAGCAGUACCGCCCCCUCCAGGCCUGCAAGUGCCAGCGCGGCUCCCGCCGGGAGGAGCUGUGCCUCAGGGUCUACUGGACCGUCAGAUUCGCUGUGUAUAAUGAGUACGAGGUGUCUCCGUAUGAAGAUCUGGAGGUGGAGUUUGUGAGGCACAUAGAGAUGUCACGCAUGGCCUCCAUCAUGGCAGCCUCCUCUUUUCCUCUGGAUGGGCAGAACCAGUGUCUGAAAGCAGCCCAGGACUGUGGUCUGUAUGAGAAGUGUGGUUCUCUGAGGUCGGAGUAUGUUGUAGCCUGCACCAAGCGGGCUCCGGGCUCCGACGGCAGCUGUAACAGACAGAAGUGCCACCGGGCACUGCGGCGCUUCCUGGAGCGGGUACCAGAGGAGUACAGCUUCGCCCUGCUAUUCUGUCCCUGCUCUGAUGCCCUCUGUGGGGAGCGCCGGCGGAAGACCAUCGUACCAUCGUGUUCCUAUGAGGAGAGAGACAGCAAACCCAACUGCCUCAGCCUGCAGGGCUACUGUGCCAGGGAUGAGCUGUGUAGAUCUCGUCUGGCUGAUUUCCAGCACAACUGCCAGCCCUCGUCACAUUCUCCCUCUGGCUGCAUGAGAGAGAGUGGAGCCGUCUGCCUUAAGGCCUACGCCGGGCUCAUAGGCACCAUCAUGACCCCCAACUAUGCCAACAAUCUCAGUAUGGACGUGUCCCAGUGGUGCACCUGUGAGGGAAGUGGGAACCAAUGGCAGGACUGUCUGCGCAUCAUGAACAUGUUCCACAGAAACGUCUGUCUGCGUAAUGCUAUCAGUUAUUUAGGUGGCUCUUCCCCUCGCCCUGUGGAGAGCACCACCCUGCCCCCUCGUCACCACGCAUCAGCCACCCUCUCUCCACACAUCUUUCAGGACAAGGACAAGAUCAAUGUCAACGUCAACAUUUUAUCAGAACGCAACAGUGUGGAGGACAGCGAGGAAGAGGAGGUAGAGGAGGAAAGCCAGGAAUUCAAUGUUAUCCCACUGUAUUCUGAGAAGGAGAAGUCUAGUGUGGGCUCCGGGACCCGAGGAGGCCGUAGAGGAGCGGCAAGCCAGACAGCACCCAUGCUGCCCCUGCUGCUGCUGCCUGCUGCUAUGCUGGGCUGGUGGUGUCCGGUAUAACGAGCCCCCCUACUACCCCUCUUACGAUCAGCUACAGUAUCACAUUCACUGGGUCACCUCCACCAUGGCACUGAGACUGAUGAGGAGACUUAAGGCUGAGGGAAGAACAACCACAAUGAGGAAAUGGACAUUCACACCUUUCUCCUAUGGCACUCUGUCUUCCAUUCAUUUCAUGCUUUCUGUUUUCCUUUGUUACUUUCCAUCAUUAUUUUUCUGCAAUCUCUAUCUCUCCUGCUCCGACUGCUCAUGGUCUUUAGUAGUCCUAGCUGCCCAUCUCUUAGCUCUUCUCUCUCACAUCAGUACACAUGGAGUUGAACAAGCUGUGCAGAUAAAUAAAUAAAUGGAUGAAUUAAUAAGGUCUGUCUGGAUGAAUCGAUGUGGCUGUCUGUCCAGUGCCUGCCUCAAGAUUGGACAUCCAGCUCCACUCUCCCUCUUCAUGAGGAACCCACAUCGCCCAAGGCCAGUAACAACACCUAUCUCAAAGAAAACAUGACCAAUGAUUGGUGGAACCAUGAUAGUUCAUUCCUUUUGAUAUAUCUUGAUAUAUCUUCAUAUCUUCUCUCUCCUUUGUUAUCUUCCCUUAUUUCAUCAUGCUAUGCUCCCUUGGAUAGCAGGGUUGUUGGGUAAGCCACUUUGUCUAUGUUGUCUUUGCCAUAAGCCAAUAACUAAAGAAAAGAUAGAUUGAGGGAUGAUGUUGUUUUGUAGUUCUUCCUCCUAUCUCUAUGUUGCUCCCUUUGUUUGCUUCCUUCUUCAUCACUUCAGACUAGAUGCCACUGGCCCGUUGUUUCCCCUCUCUAGUUCAUACACCACUUAUUCUCCGCUUAGUUGAGGUCUGAAAAAUCCACCACAGGCACAAUGAGACAAAAUUCUAGUAAUGACAACGGUCGAGGAAAGCGGAAUAAGCAAUAAAACAUGAAAUCAGAUAGCUCAGUGGGCAGGUGCUGAGGCCGUCUGGGUUUGGGCUCAGGGGAGAGAGGAACCAAUUUACUGCUGUCUGAGGUUCACAAAUGCUUUCUGUCCCUAGGUGUUGUUAUAGUUUUGGAGAGACAAUAUCACACUUAGCCAUGCUUUUCCUGACUGUGUUUGAUCAGGGAGAAAGUGGGGAGAUGGGGUACUAUAGAGCCUCUGGCAACUCUGAUCAUUGAGCAUCACAUUGAGCCUUUCUCUCUCUCUCUCUCUCUCUCUCUCUCUCUCUCUCUCUCUCUCUCUCUCUCUCUCUCUCUCUCUCUCUCUCUCUGUCUCUCUCUCUGUCUCUGUCUCUCUGCCUGCCUGAUAAAUCUUUUGCUGAUGUCAAUGUUUUUUUUCUUGCAUCACUUUCUUGCAUCUUGGAGAAUUAGCUCCCACCUGAGUGGAAGUAGGUAAGAUACUGUUGGUGAUGGUUAAAGGGGAACCUACUUUACUGUGGAAUUGUGAACGUGACGUUUAUUUAUCGACAUCUUUCCCUUCUUGAGGGAGAUGUUAGAUAAGACUCAUGUUCUCACAGAUAAUACAUGAUGCUUAAAAGAGAGAAAUAUUUACUGGGCAUAUCAGUGCUACAGAUGUCUCUGCCAGCAGCAUACCACCCUGCAUCCCACUGCUGGCAUGCCUCUGAAGCUAAGCAGGGUUGGUCCUGGUUGGGAGACAAGAUACUGCUGGAAAAGGUGUUGAAGUACCAGUAGGGGGUGCUCUUCCCUCUAAGGAGAUCCCAUGGCUGUGAAGGGGACACUGCCCUGCAUAUGGUGCUGUCUUUUGGAUGGGACUUUAAAACGUCCUGACUCUCUGUGGUCAAUAAAGAUCCCAUGGCACUUAUUGUAAGAGGAGGGGUGUGACCCUGGUCUCCUGGCUAAAUUCCCAAUGUCAUGCCAUCAAAUCAAAUUGUAUUUGUCACAUGUGCCGAAUAUAACCUUACAGUGAAAUGCUUACUUACCCCAGCCCAUAACCAGCAAUGCAGUUUAAAUAAAAAACAUGUGUUAAGUAAAAAUUAGAUGAGUAAAAAAUAAGAAAUAAAAGUAACAAAUAAGUUAAAGUGUUAAAGUGACUAUGUAUAGAUAAUAAACAGAGAGUAGCAGCAGCAUAAAAGAGGGGUCUGGGUAGCCAUUUCAUUAGCUGUUCAGGAAUCUUAUGGCUUGGGGGUAGAAGCUGUUGAGAAGCCUUUUGGACCUAGACUUGACACUCCGGUACUGCUUGCCGUGUGGUAGCAGAGAGAACAGUCUAUGACUAGGGCGGCUGGAAUUUUUGACCAUUUUUAGGGCCUUCCUCUGACACUGCCUGGUAUACAUGUAGAGGUCCUGGAUGGCAGGAAGCUUGGCCACAGUGAUGUACUGGGCCGUAAGCACUACCCUCUGUGGUGCCUUGCAGACAGAGGCCAAGCAGUUGCCAUACCAGGCAGUGAUGCAACCAGUCAGGAUGCUCUCGAUGGUGCAGCUGUAGAACCUUUUGAGGAUCUGAGGACCCAUGCCAAAUCUUUUUAGUCUCCUGAGGGGGAUUAGGUUUUGUAGUGCCCUCUUCACGACUGUCUUGGUGUGCUUGGACCAUCAUAGUUUGUUAGUGAUGUGGACACCAAGGAACUUGAAGCUCUCAACUUGCUUCACUACAGCCCCUUCAAUGAGAAUGGGGGUGUGCUCGUUCCUCCUUUUCCUGUAGUCCACAAUCCUCUCCUUUGUCUUGAUCACGUUGAGGGAGAGGUUGUUGUCCUGGCACCACACAGCCAGGUCUCUGACCUCCUCUCUAUAGGCUGUCUCAUCGUUGUCUGUGAUCAGACCUACCACUGUUGUGUCAUUAGCAAACUUAAUGAUGGUGUUGGAGUCGUGCGGGUCGGUAGUCAUUUAGGCAGGUUACCUUAGUGUUCUUUGGCACAAGGACUAUGGUGGUCUGCUUGAAACAUGUUGGUAUUACAGACUCAGACAGGGAUAGAUUGAAAAUGUCAGUGAAGACACUUGCCAGUUGGUCAGCGCAUGCUCGGGAGUACACGUCCUGGUAAUCCAUCUGGCCCUGCGGCCUUGUGAAUGUUGACCUGUUUAAAGGUCUUACUCACAUCGGCUACGGAGAGCCACAUUACCUGGUAAAAUAAGGGUCAAUAAAUAAAUAAUUGCAUCAUCUGCCACCAGUGUCUAAGAAUGGAUGGGACCAGGGUGAGGGGGAGUAGCUGUGACUUCAUUCUGAGUGUUAAUUAAGCAGGCAAGAUGGCAUAAGUGGAGCCCAACACCCUCUCCAAUCUGGACAGUGACGUUCAUGAUGACUGUUGUUGUUUUUUAAUAGUCAGUUAUUUCUCACUGGCAAUGGAUCAUUAUGCUAGUGAUCGUCAAAGUGAGUGGCAGCACCAGAGAGGAUAUGAGUGCGGCAAGCCUUGAUUUACACACUGAAACAUCCUAAGUAAAUAUAAGCAUAAGCCAUACAAGCAAACAGCAAGAGUUAUCGAGCGUGCCAACUCUGAAUUUUUAACGUUUGUACAGCUGUACACAUAUUUCCCUCCCCGGCCCAAAUGCUUUUAAUAAUAUCCAAAGAUGUCUGAUUUUGCGUUCUAUUACCAUACCCAAUGCAGAGAUGAUAUAGUUUUUUCGUACUAAAAUAAAUCCACGGGUAAAGGGAGAGGUAGGGAGGGAAUGAGAAAGUGAGACAGUGGGGGAUUUGGGAGAAUGACCGACAUAGAUGCAGAGAGACUUAGAGAAAGAGAGAAAGACGGUAAUGGCUCCUAAGGCUCUCAGUAGCAUUAGUGUUGUCGUCAAGCCUCUGAGAUGUAUUUUGGUGCCUGUGGCUACGAGGCGAGUGUCUGUUCCACUGCACUACCUCUGUGCUUUAAUGUGCCUUCACCUCAGUUUCUCCUCACAGACAGACAGCGCCACUCUCCCAUACAUACUGUACAUUCCCAUCACUGUCUGUCCUCAGGUCCAUGUUACGAUCAACUGCUACCCCUCACAGACAACAUGCCUCUACGUCUACUUCUACUUCUGCCCAUCUUUUCCUUUCAUGUGGAAACAACAAACACUGCACCAUCAAAUAUGUGCAAAGAUUGUCUUUGUUAUUGUUGGUAUGUAUACUUUAAACCAAAAAUGUAUAUACAUUUGUGUGGUUUUGUUUUCUCUUGUUGUUGUUAUAAUCCUUGAGAUUGGACUGUGCCAUAUAGGGUUGUGUCUUCCCUGUUACAUCCCAUAUUGGAUCUUAUGUAAUUCCUCUUGUAACUGUUUAUAUGCAUUGAUUAUGGUCAAGCAUCUGUCAGUCUCUGUGUCUGUAACAGUGUAACCCUGUUGUUCUGCAGUGUUCUGUUUGUGUUGCUGGCGUUGGCACAGGUAUAAAACAGUAACGACAGCACCUCCAUAGCUUGACCUUGAUGUCCAUGUUGAUGGUCAUUUUAAGUCGAAUAUAUGAUGAUCAUCAUGUUCCACAUUAGAAUCAACUGCUCAUUUACUCAGCCAAUGCCACCAAGCCCAUCUCAGUCGUGUGAAAUAGGAUUAGCGGUCUGAAUCACACCACUCCUGAGAGUUGUUGCACUCUGUGGAAACGGUGUAAGACCACUUCUUGAACGUGAUCCUCAGUUGGCAGGCUGGUUAAUACAUUCAACUUGAGCAGUUGCCUGCCUCUCUGCCAGCCUUCUAGAACAGUUUUGGGCUCUGUCCAUUAGUAUCAAAAUGGUUGACAUUUAGAAAAUGGACCCGUUAUUUAUGGCUGAGGCCAGUGAAAGACUUAGAAAUGAUACAUGUAACAUAGUAAAGCGCAUUGCACUGAAGUGCCUAUGAAUACUUCAGUUGGAGCGAGGAACGAAGGACUCUAGGUGGUCUGAGUUGAACAUGAAACAGCCACUGGAUUAGCAGAAACAUUAAUCCUUGUUUUAAUAAUGAGUUUUUCUAGAACUUCAGAGAGUUCAGGAAUGCCAAAAUGUCCCAGCCAUCAGCGCUGUUUUAAGCCACACAGUGCACUGCUCACCCCUACCUGUGUCACUAUCCAUCCACUUCUUUGGCCAUGAGUUCAGUCUGGCCCGAUUCCUAGCUGGUGAAAUUGGUUUACAAUCAGGUGUGAGCUCUGUGUGGUUCUUCAUUAAGAGUGAGAAAUGUACAAUGCUGUGUGAAAAAACAACUACAUACAAUAAUAAAAAAAAUCAUCAAUUAA